CUCUUUCCCUCGUCUCGCUCUCCACAGUGCUUUCUCAGUCUGUAUUUUACUUUGGACUUCUCUUGAUUUUCCUCUUCGUACCUGGCGAUGACGGUGGAGGAGCUGUUAGACGUUCGCAACAUGUGGGACGGCCCGUCCGACUCCCAUACACUCGCAAACCUCCGCAAGCUCUCGAACAUCUUGCUUUCAAGCCCACCGCGGACAGAUGGCCGUCCGGACGGUCUUAACCCGCAACCAACGCCACCACGCGAUGCGUUCUACAUCCUUCUGCCUCUCCUUAUCGUGCUUUCGACGUUUUUCUUCCUCCUCCUGCUCUUCCUGGUAUGCGUCAUUAUUCUCAGACGACGUCGCGGCAUCAUGCUUCGAGACCACGAUGGUCCAAUAGAUAUGAGCAGAGAGGAUAUGGUCGAGGGAGAGGGUGGGUUCGAGGGUGUAGAAUCUCGCUGGCUCGAGAGCGCGAAUGAGAAUGAAAGGCGGAUGUAUCAGAGAGCAAAACAGUACCAGCUACAGUAUCCUCCCAACUCGCUCCCGACAGAUAUCACGUUGUCCCAGUUCCUGUCGAUACAGGAGAAGGGCGUCUCAGCGUGGUCGUUCGAACCCGACUUUGAGGCACUCAACUCCAUGCUGGUCCAUGCUCGGACAGAAAUAACUUUCCUUCCGGAUCCAUCAUCAACCACGUCUGUACAGUCCAAUUUACCCCUCCCCAAGCUCAAUGAGGUAUAUUACUGGGAGGUCAAGAUGUUUGAUCUUCCCACGACAACCAACGUUGCUGUGGGCCUCGCUACGAAACCGUAUCCGUCGUUCCGCCUCCCAGGGUUUAGCAAAUAUUCGGUCGGUUACCACUCCAGUGGUGACAAGUCUCAUAACUGGCCCUUCACCGCGACGUCAUGCGGCCCAGCGUUAAAAGAAGGCGACGUGCUCGGGGUUGGGUACAGACCCCGGACGGGGACGGUCUUUUUUACGAAGAACGGUCGGAAACUUGAGGACGCCUACGUCGGUUUCAAUAGCUACAACCUAUUUCCGACUGUGGGCGCAGAUGGACCGUGCAGCGUUCACAUCAAUUUUGGGCAAUCAGGUUUCGUCUUCAUAGAGGCGAACGUGAAGAAAUGGGGUCUGGCACCGAGCUCUGGCACACUUGCGCCUCCUCCGCCUUAUGGUAGCGAGCGAGGCAGUAUCUUGCUCGCCGCCGGAGGAGAGGUCACUCCUUUGCCUAGCGCUGUCGGUUCACCGGCUGCCGCGUCCUCUCGGUCUCGCCGUUCUCACCGCUCUCGGAGGCCAAGGAGUGCGUUGUCUACCACGACCCCACUGGCGUCUUCUCCUCUCUCAUCGACUCCGGUUGCGUCCCCUACCCCUCCUGACACGCCUCCACCGCCUAUUACGCCUAUCGACGAAGAAUCAGACGGAACCAUUACCUCCCCUGGCCCCGGACCAUCCACCGCGCGGAGAUACAUAUCACCUACGGACAUGCCAUUCCACACUGCGCCAAAUUCCAAUAUUCCCGCGUCUCCGACUCAGGGAGACGGUUCGGUGAGAUCACAGUCGUCUUCUCGCGAGUCUUCACGGUCGCGGUCGCGUUCUCCUCUGCCGCCGCGAGCGCCAGGUGCGAAUUUGUUCAAUACGCCUCGCCGACAACCGUUCACGUUCACUCAUGCGCGGACGGGUUCGCGCUCGUCCUGUUCAGGUCCCGAACUCGCCAUUCAGGUUCACCCUCCUCCCGAAUCCCCGAUAAGCCCUGACCCGCCUACUCCGGACGUUCGAGACAUUCAUCUACAGGCGCUCGCAUCUUCCAAUUCUGCAACGAUGGCAUCUGCGGACAUCCCAGACCGCGAGCCUCCCGCAUAUUCGCCUUUGGACGCCUACGCCUAUCAGGACGGAGUGCAGCUCGACCUCCCUGCCGAGAUUAUCGCGGCGGCGUUGGAACGCGGCACUCUGCCCUCCAUUAUUGGGCCAUCGCUCGGCACUCGUUCAGAGAGACGGAGUCGUCGUCGUGAGCGGCGUUCAUAACAUGUACCUCGGUACUGGCACAUUUGGCUGCUAUACCUUGUGGUACGGAGGUAUAACCGUUUACUUUCGUUAUACUGUGUGUAUGUAUUUCUAUAUAGUGCGUAGUGUGGACGUUGAAUGCCGGUUUGGAAUUACUGUCACUGUAGUAGGUUACCCACACCACUUAUCAUGUCACUUCUCGAUAUCUACAUCUUUACUUUUGUCGCAGCAAUACUCUCUAUCUUGAGCAAAUGUAUCU